UCGCGUCCGCGAGUUCAGUUCUAGCCAGCACCUCGCAGCGAGAAGAUGGGCAAGUUGAUUUUGUACGGUUUGGAGGCGAGUCCGCCAGUUCGUGCCGCCAAGUUGACUCUGGCCGCCCUGGAGGUGCCCUACGAAUUCGUGGAAGUCAACACCCUGGCCAAGGAGAACCUCUCGGAGGCGUUCCUGAAGAAGAAUCCCCAGCACACGGUGCCCACGCUGGAGGACGAUGGCCACUUCCUCUGGGACUCGCAUGCCAUCAUUGCCUACCUGGUGUCGAAGUACGGAAAGACCGACAGUCUCUACCCGAAGGAUCUGCUCCAGCGGGCAGUGGUGGAUCAGCGAUUGCACUUCGAGUCCGGCGUGAUCUUCGCCAACGGUCUGAGGACCGUCACCAAGCCACUCUUCACUGGCCAGACCACGAUCCCCAAGGAGCGGUACGAUGCGAUUAUCGAGAUCUACGACUUCCUGGAGACCUUCCUCGGUGACAAUGACUACAUUGCUGGUGGCCAGCUGACCAUUGCCGACUUUAGCAUCGUCUCGACUGUGACCUCGCUGGAGGCCAUCGUGGAGCUGGACGCGGCCAAAUACCCCAAGGUCUCCGCCUGGAUCAAGCGACUCCAAAAGCUUCCCUACUACGAGGAGGCCAACGGCAAUGGAGCUCGCACAUUCGGAGACAUCAUCAAGAAGACUAACUUUAAGUUCUCAACUUAGUUCAUUAUCUAAUGUAUGCUGGGAAUAUUUACAAACAAAUUAAGUAAUACUAAUAUACAAACCCUAACACAGAAACAGUCGAAA